AUGCGGUGUGAUCAGCCUCUUGAGGCCAGCCCGCGCAAUGAUAGAGAGUUUGAGGUUGUAAUCGAGAAGAGCCCGGAAGAUCAGAGAAUUGGCUUGGACAUCAGCGUUGUAGGUGGCAAGGUCCUCAAGGUCUGGAAGGUGAAGGAUGGCUUAGUCAAUGAGUGGAACAAGAACCAAGCACCAGAAAUGCAGGUAAAGGGUGGCGAUGCGGUGGUAGCUGUGAACGGCAAGCGUGGCAGUGCUGACCAGCUUCUGGAAGAAGUCUCCAAGGGCAGGUCUGCCGGUGACCAUCCUGGUGUCCCGGGGAAUGUUCGCAUGAACGACUUGUCAAUCCAGGCCGCAAAGGCGAACUGCCUUCCAGUGUAUGCCUAUUUGAGCGAGGAAGCUCUCGUACGCUGCGUAGACAGUAGAGGUCCACCUGUCUUUGUGCUUCUGGUUUCAAGGCGCACCUGGUCCAAGCAGCACUACCGCAUACGAACGCCUCGCCCACUGACCGACAAGUUUGAUCUGUCUCGAGUGCAGCCGCAAAAGGAGUGGUGGCGAGAGAGACGGGUUGCCCCAGCAACUUUCUUUGGCUUUCCGGAUGUCACCAAGGCCGGCCUGAGGGGUGGCAGCCUCUACACGGAGCAGAUGGACGCGGUUACGCUGGCAGUGCUGGCAGACAAGUGUGUUCAGGAGAAGGUGUGGGAUCCAGAAAUCUGGCUGAAGUUCUCAUGGCGUGCGCAGCAGUUGUCGACUCGCACCCAGGAGCCCGACCUCUGCUACAUCUUUCGCGCGUUUGCCCGUGCAGACUGGUUUGAUCAGAACCUGUUGACAACUUAUCUUGGCAGACUGCACCGCAGGUUGCCGCAGUUCCAAUUGCCUGAUGUGGCCGUGCUUCUGGAGGCCUUCGAGAACUCCCGUUUCAGGCAGGGAGAGUAUCUUCAACGGAGUUUGACACACAUGGCUUUGCUGCUUCAGCAUCGAGAUGACGCUGGUGUGGAGGAUUUGGCUAGAACUUGCGUUGCGUUGCGGAAUCUGCGCCCGCAGCCGGCAGUCAUUGCCGUGGAGGUGCGAGCCGGCCUCCUCCUGCUUGCUGAGGCGUUGCUUCUCCGCGAGUUGUCAGAGUUGAGUCCUUCACAGGCAAUCGGUGUGAUGGAUGCGCUUGUCUGCUGGGGGCUUGUCAACAGUGAGCGUCCUCAAAGCAGCAAUGCAGCUGCAGAUUUAUGUUGGUCUCUGGCACGAGAGCUCAAAGGGAAGCUUCGAAGCGCCGGCAGAGAGAACCCCGAGGACUUGGCGCUGCUGGCCAUGGCCCUCUCUAGCGGCAAGAUCGAUUACCAGGAAUUGUGGCAGGAGCUUGUCACGAACCUGGAACUGGAGAUGCACAGACUGUCGGGUUCCGCCGCAUCAAAAGCAGUGUAUUCCGCCUCCAAAUAUGGACACAGAGGCAUCAAGCUUUACGAGAAUGCUGGCCGACUUCUUGGGGAAGAAGCCUCGACGCUCUCUUCACUGGACUGUGCUUAUGCUGCAGGUGGCUUCUUGCGUGGCCCUGGGUCCUUGGCGGAGCAGGCCAUUUUGUCGCCGAGUGCCUGUUGUACUUUGUUACAUGCAGCUGACUGGGAUCAUGCCAGCCCCUCAGGUAGUGCUCAAAGGGCCGGUGGGUGCUCGCACCCUGGAGCUGGGAUUUGCCAGCUUCGAGGCGGAGGCUGGUGA